AUUAUUUGUUUUGGAUCACAUUCUCUUCAUCAAACUUGACACGAAAAGAUGGCGAAGACUUGAAGAAAUCCAUUGUUAAUCCAAGUGAUCUUUAUUUUGGAGCGUAGGAGUCCGUUCUUUAACGAAUUCUUCUGUAUGUUUGGCAUCUAUCUAGUUAUUAAACGCCUCCCUCGGUUCCCACUCUUACAUUUGCCAGCCUCUUCUACUUAUAGCCCAUCUCGCAAUAAACAGGGAAAACUAGAGCGCAGGUCAAAAUGACAGCCACUCACUUUGUCGCCGGUUAUAUGGACGGUGAAGCUAAAAUGAUGAUGAAUAUAACGCUACGCUGCCUGCAAACAACGGAAGGCAUUGAACGCCGCACAGCUCAUUAGCAUAUUACUGCUUCCGUUCUAGAUUUGGCGCGUAAUAGGCGGGUGGACUCAACACUACGAGCUUCUUUUGAUAGUCCAUAUUUGUAUUCAUUUGAAGAAAGUCAAACCCCCACGAUCCAAAUGAUUGGACAGAAGACUAUCAACUCGUUUUUCUCACCGGUCGCCAAAAAAGUCUGCACGGUGUUGACGGCGACAGGCGAGGCUGGCAAAGAUGCGCGGAAGCGCAAGGCCUCGGAGCCGUCCGGGUCGCAUGAAGCGCCGCUGUCUCCGGAGGAAGUGGACAGAAUGACCCGCAACAAGAAACUCGCGCUGGAGAAACUGACAUCCGGCCGGACGCCCCCUGGGUUCGGAGAGAGCUGGAGACAGGCGCUGUCGCCCGAGUUCGGCAAGCCGUAUUUCAAACAAUUGAUGCAGUUUGUAAGUGACGAGCGGAACCGACACACUGUUUACCCACCUGCUGAAGACGUCUUCACCUGGACGCAGAUGUGUGACGUCACAGAUAUCAAGGUGGUGAUUCUGGGCCAGGACCCGUACCAUGGACCCAAUCAAGCUCAUGGGCUGUGCUUCAGUGUCAGGAGACCAGUGUCGCCUCCACCCAGUUUGGAGAACAUGUACAAAGAACUGACCUCUGACAUAGAAGGCUUUGAGCACCCGAAACACGGAGAUCUGACCGGAUGGGCCAAACAAGGCGUGUUGCUCCUCAAUGCUGUGUUGACCGUCCGGGCGCAUCAGGCCAACUCCCACAAAGACAAAGGCUGGGAGACGUUCACUGACGCGGUGGUGCAGUGGCUCAGCAGCAACCUGGAAGGCCUGGUCUUCAUGCUGUGGGGUUCCUAUGCUCAGAAGAAAGGAGCUGCUAUCAACAGGAAGCGCCACCACGUGCUGCAGGCUGUCCAUCCCUCUCCCCUCUCUGCUCACCGUGGGUUCUUUGGCUGUAAACAUUUCUCCAAGGCCAACGAGCUGCUGGAGAAGUCUGGAAAGUCCCCUAUCGACUGGAAGUCACUUUGAUCCUGUUGGGAGCUUCCGAUCCAGCUGUCGAGUGCUGAUAUACUUUAUAAGACCGUCUCAUCUUGUUCUUGUCUUCAGUUGAUGUAAAUAUGUUCUUGUUAGUUGCCCUGCAUUAAGCUCAUUAAAGGUUUUAUAUUUUCA